AAUGCUAACUGGUCCUGGUUGGGCCGGUUAUAAGUUAAGUCGCGUUAGUCGGGCAAAAUCUCCCUUAAGUAGCAACAGAAAGGCUUGCGCGCAUGGCGUGACAAGGAUCGCAGAGAAUAACGAUGAAAGCCUCGCUCAGGAUCCCAUGUCCUCGCCCGAAGUGUUGCUAGCUUCGCCUGUAAGAUAGCCAAAAGGGAACCAACAUAUAGUACUAGAUUAAUAUUAGUGCGAUAAAAAUAGGGCGGUUUAAAGUGCAGAAACAGCCUAGGAUUCCUGGCACAUACCACGUGGAAACACUCUGUAGCCCAUGUCAUUCAUGUUGUAUGUUGUCUGGGUCAGGUGGUGGGGUUUCCGAAAUUGUGGAAUUG